AUGAAGCUUCAAGUUUUUUCUCUCCUGCUGCUAUGCGCGGGUUCGCUUGCAGAUCUCUCUGCAGAAUAUAAUAACACCGCAUCCUUGGAUGGAAACAACUUCAAGAUCUACUGGACUCACAAUGCUACAUCGAACAUGAUGUAUAUUGCACUCGAGGUGAAAGCGACGGGUUGGGUAGCAUUGGCAUUUGCUAAGGAGGAGAGCAGAAACAUGGAAGACUACGAUACCUGUCUUGGAUAUGUAUCUGGUGAAACGAAAAUUUUGAAUGUGAGUGCUCUUGAUAUUUGUUCGCCUCAACUUUAAAAACCUUAUUGACGUGUUAUUGCAUCGAAAAACUGAAGAUGCAGAUUACCAGCUUUACGAAUUGAAAACGUCAAAUCGGUUAAAAUUUCCUGAUUUGUGGGGAAAGAAUGAAAUGUUUCGUUUUUGUAAGAAUUCGUUCACGCUUGUGUUUUUGUUAGAGGUGUUGUUGUUUUACAGUGUUCGACUGUUUUGUUCCUGUGUUUUCUUCUUUUAUCAGCCAUGUUGUUUGCGUGAUACCGGCAGAUGGUUCAAAACUUAUCAGAUAUUUACUUGGAACACUUUACCUCUUGUCAAUAUCACCCAAACGGAAACAAAAUCUAGCCAAUGAGAACCAGCAAUAAUCAAUAUCUUACUGGAAAUGAUGACUGAAACCGUCAUGCACAUUAUUCUCAUGAUUGUUCAAAGAAAACAGUUCUACCUCAUAGUUUGUUUAUCUGGACCAAUUACAGCUCAGGUAUAUUUCAUAGAUCAUUCUUUGGUGUUGUGUUCCUGUCAUGGCAACGUCAAAUGAUUAAAUAAAGAGCCCAAUCAGAAAUAUGGAAAUUAUGCACUCUCAUGUUGUUUUCAUGUUGACAUGUUUUAACCUUUUUAUGUUUUCAAAAUAACAAUAAAAAAAUGGAAAUAUUGGCCCGGUGGUUUUCCCAGGAUUUCCACUCUUUCUUGAGUUCUGUCACCGACCCUCCAUUCAAAGAAAAUGAAACUAGGCUUGGGCAACAGACCGUAUCUGUUGAAUAAGUCGAAUAAAUGUAAACAUUCUGAAGCUCCGACAAUUCGGCAUAAUAAUUGACGUAAGUACGGUUUUCCUUCAAAUCUUAAAUCUGAGUGAUACAUGGUCAUUAUCCAAAUUACAAAGCAGUGAGCUUGAACUGCUGCAUCGGUUGAGUAAGUCCCUGCGGAUUAUAAUUACGUAUUCGACAUUCGGUAUAAAAAACGUCCAUCAAAGAGUCGCUUGAAGGAAAGUUUGACGUUUAGUUUUUUAACCCAAAUAUUAACAACAAACCGGAACGCUGAAAUGCAAGCAAAAUUUUCACUAUCACAGAAAGAAAUACCUCCAUACAGCAAUAAAAUGUGUGUCCACCAACCUCAAGCAAUCAUGGACUUUUUUAUGCUUGAUAUUUUAAUUUCCCCGAUGCGCUUUCAACAUGAAAUUUUCGCAAUUUUGGUAAAAUCGCGUUACUGCAGUAUCGCGUCAAAGAUAUCGCGAGCGUUAUAUUGAGCGAAAACUCAUUGACUUGCACUCUCGUGCAGAGGACGGCUCAAAAACAAGGGGCAACAGAAAGCGCAUUAAAAUAUGUGGAGAUGUUUGUACUGUUGGCUUUAUCUUCUGGCCUUAUUUAGGUACACAUAUUGUAAAUCUCAAAAACCCCAUUUCCACUUUACUGUAUCAGUUUAUAUUACCUGUGAGCUGGUGUGAAAAAAAGAUUACUUUUGCAAUCGUAAUAUCUAAGUCUUUAUACUUCCUAAUGUGGCAUGAUAGAGAUAAAGAAGAAGCAAAGAAAAAUAUCAGUUCAGAACCCAUUUAAUGACCAUGAAGCACUGAGUCGUAUUUUGCUUUCAAACUUUCAGGACUAUUUGACAAACGGUCACAGUACACCUCCCAAGGACAAUCAGAAUGACUGUAUGCUUGACGAGGCCAUGCAAAGUGGGGGUACUACUACAAUCAAGUACCACAGGAAGGUAGAUACUGGUGAUUCACAAGAUAUCGUUAUUGAGGUAAAUUGUUUUCCAUUGCAAUUUUAUAUUGAGGGAUUCAUCGGUGGCCAUCAUGACCACCGACUAAUUAUAUUAUUGCAGGUGGCAUCUGCGGCGUAGCAGCACAAAAUCAGCAGAACUAUGAUGUUCUUACACGUAUCACUGCUGAUAUUUAGCUGCUGUAAGGCUGCCACGCGUGAUAAUUUCGGCUGAGUCAUGAGCCUACAAGGGGUCAUGCAGAAAGGCCUUUUAGAGGCGGGCGAAGGAAGCUUUAGCUUACCCGAGGCUGUUCUCCUUAUGAGAUCGCAUUUUAAAUUUAAUUCAAGCAUCCCUUUGGUUAAAAUGGAAGUAUGACAAGGGUAAUUUGCUAGAUAUGGAGGUCUUGUGGGAUUUGCUUUGGACUUUGGAUUGUCCACCGUCCUCAUUUACCUGCGUCCAUAUCCCCUCAGGAGUUUAUAAGGGAUUUUUUUGAGCCAUCAGAGAAACGUAAACAAAAUUCCUGCGGCCCAUCUAGUGGGAGUUGAAGUAUUCUUAUUCUCUUAAUGUUUUAACUCCCAAGAUCUCAUUAGUAAUUCUCCCUACUGUCUGCCUUAUAGUUCUUGCGAUGUUAGUAUGGAGAAUUUGGUGGUGGAUCAACUAAUAAUCCCCUAAUUGAUAUUUUUCUCUUUUCCCAUCACUUGUCUGCUUGAUAGCGCACUGAUAUUGUAAGGAGAAAGUCUUUCUUGGUCAUUCAUGGGAGGUAAAGGGUUAAGGCUACAAAAUCUGUGAUAAGUUGACGUUGUGACGCAUCAUGCCCUUGUCCAAAGAGGACCGUUUGCAUGCCUCUAGUAGAUGUCAUGCACUGUAGUGCAAUGACACUGGGGCAGAGUGAUCCGUCGUUAAGUUCAAUUUCUGGGAUUGCUGCAAUUGUGGCUGGGCGGCAGUGAAAGAGUGCAUUUUUAUGUGAAGUUUCUUUUCCACCAGAUUAAUUUGAAUCACACCCUGCCCCAUACGAAACUGGUACAGCCAAGAGGAAUCCCUAAUGAUUACCACGAGUGCAUUACCUAAUUUCGAAUGUUCUUGUAAAUCGGACCUUCUUUGUUGAUUCAGCUUUACUCAAAUUGGAAUUAAAACAAUUUCCCCUUGGGCAAAGCAACAAGAGCAAACCAUAGUUUUCCUAUUGAGUUUAUUGCCAGAUUAUUAUUGUUGUACUAGUGGUUUUAAUGACUUUUUCUCUUCUUUUCAGAAAGGUGAAAUCGUUGUCGUGUGGGCGUACAAAAAUUCUGUAACUUCCCUCUUAAGACACGAUGAAAAGGGUUUUAAGACUUUGACCAUGAUAAACUCCGGUGAAUCAGCCAAGCUCAAGAGUUUCUAUUGGAAAAUUACGGUUGCAUCUCUGUCUGUCGUUGUUGCCUUGUUUUUCAAAUGAAAUGGAAUCCAGCCACAUUCCCAGCGUGUAUUUUUUUGGGACAGCUUCUACCUCCCCUCCCCCCCUAAAUGUUGGUCUGCAAAAUGAGAUAAACUCACUGGCAAUAAUGAUUGAUAACAUUGGAAAGGGAAGAGGGGCAAAAGGACAUUGCAGACGUCCCUCUGGAGAAGUGUCUCAACUAUUUAUAUCUGGGAGUGGAGCUUUGCUCUGAUAAAGCGUAAUUAGCCGUAAGCCUUUGCAAGUUAUUACGUAAGCAGUAUGUAUGCUAUUUGACAACUAUUUGUUGUUUGUUACAGUUUGUAAUCUUAAGGGAAAAUUUCCAUUGACUUGCCUAAUAAAUUUUGUUUACUAUGGACUGUGAACUUAAAUUAAAAGUGAAUAUAAGCACAUUUCUUGAAGCGGAGGUAAGUUUAAUCCUGAUCAAUGGAAGGGUUAUAGCGAGGUAAAGCAAUACUGAAACAAUUACGGAUUCAUCUCGAUGCUCAGCUCCAUAUUGAAAAGUGUUCUCGAAAAUGAGCAGCCUUCCGGCAUUCCAAGCUGAGUCCGUCGGGCG